GGGCCGUGAGGGAGAGCGGGCCCUGCGGCGGGGGCAGCCGAGCCCAGGGCCGAGGGGCUGUGGGAGCCCAAAAUGGCGGCGGAUUUUUUGAAAGGAUUACCAGUCUACAACAAAAGCAACUUCAGCAGAUUCCACGCGGACUCUGUAUGUAAAGCAUCAAACAGAAGACCAUCGGUGUAUCUUCCCACGAGAGAAUACCCGUCUGAACAAAUUAUAGUAACAGAAAAGACAAAUAUACUUUUGCGUUAUUUACACCAGCAGUGGGACAAAAAGAAUGCAGCAAAGAAGAGAGAUCAAGAGCAAGUGGAAAUAGAAGGUGAGAACUCGGCGCCGCCACGAAAAAUCGCUCGGACAGACAGCCAGGAUAUGAACGAGGACACUUAAACCCUCGGGCCUCUCCUCUUCUACUUUGCAGGCGCUUCCCGUUUUGUCUCAAAGUGUGUCAAUUUUGCCCCUUGCCCCCAUCUCUCACCCCUCCACUAUGCAGCCCAAACCACUUCUGACUUCAUAGGAGCCAAUGUAUUUAUUUUUUUUUUUCUCCUUUAUUAUUUUUUUUUUCUUUUUUUUUUUAAUUUAUGCCGUAAAACUUGCGGAGCAAAUGGUGGAACAAUCCAGUAAAACACGUAGUGUAACCUUAGUUCCUCCUUUCUAACAACAAACGCUGUCACUUUAACAGGUUUUGUUCAAUCUGUUACCUAACCGACCAGCUCUAGCUGUGGAAGCCUGGGGAGGAGAUGGGGGUUGCUGCAGAACCCCACAGUGGUGCGGGCUUUCAGAUUCAUGCACCCACUGACAUUAGUGGUGAACUCUUUGGAUGGGCCCAGUCCAGCCAGCAGUGUGGGGCCUUGCUGUUUUUCUCCAAGAUUCUGAAAUUGGCACUGCACUUAAGGGGGAAAAAAAACCAAUAAUCAUCAUGGAUGUCAUUUAGGAUUAUGUUGAUCUUAGCAAACGUGUUGUCAACUUGGUCUAUCAGUUGUAUUUUGGUCUGUUCUGUAAGGGCCAUGGUCAUUUAGCUCAUGCAUAGGUGGUCAUGGAGAAUUCAAGUGAAAGGUGUGUUGCUUGUGUUGCUCUUAAAUUCUAACAGUCUCUUGGUCUUGGACAGACUGAUAUGUGCAACUUCUCCGUUGGAAUAAAUGGAUGCUUUUAUCCUAUUCUGAGUAUUUGAUCAGCAGUGUAUUUGAGCAGCAGCUGAUGGAUGCAGUGAGGUUGGCACUUGCAAGCAGCGCUUGGUGGCCGAGUCUGGGAGCACCUCAGCAUCUCCAUCUGGUUCUGCCUCUGCUGCUGGCUCUGACUGAUGGUACGCUGUGCUUUUGGUGAUAUCAGCCCCUGUGGAAUGGAGUCCAGGACUUAGAGUUGAUCCAAAUGUGAGCUUCCGUGGUCUGUGCUUCAGGCCAAUCUCUUUGGGACUGUGACAGCUCAGUGCCUGUUACCUGAACCCUCACUGACUUCAGUAAGAGCAGAAAUGGAGCCCCCGAGUCACCUAGGUGGAUCCAGAGUUCAGAGACCAAAAGGAAACGACCACCGCCACCCGAAGGGGACAGGAGGUGUAGCGUAGUAACGAUGUCUUGUCUGCUUUCACGUAAGGAGCUGACUUCACACUGUGUUAGUUUAAAUCAGCACGUUUAUAACUGUGUUUUUUUCCUCGUUCACGAAUCCAAAACGCCGAGGAGGAGGUCCUGGAUCAACCCAGCGCCGCGCAGCCGCGAGCUUGGAGGACAGGGCUUCUGUUCCCCUUCCCCACCGCGUCCUUUGCCACCAGCAGACGCCGUGUGGUCAGGUGUGGGGCAGAGGGAGCACGGAGGGAAAUGCUGUUGCUUUGUGACUGGGCGUUGCGAGGCAGAGCCUUGGGGAGAGCAGGGCACAGCUCAUGGCUGCGUGCUAGGCACCAAGUGAAUGGAUUUAGCGUGAAGUUAACGCUGAGUAGGUUAGGUUAGACCUCUGUCCUGCCUUUUUGCUGUGGGAGUAACCUCCACGUUACUGGAAUGUUGCUGAAAAUGCCAACUGUGUUGGUGAAGAUGAUAAACGCUCAGAAUUCCUUGAGGUUUACUGGCAGCGGUGAGAAGACUUCCCAGAGUUUCGCUGUCAAAAAGUGCUUCUGUGCAAAGUGCAGGAUGCUGAUGGAAGGUGCUGCCUUAGCAUCUGCUCUCCCAGGGAUCAUCUGAAGCUGAGACUGGAGAAUCCUCUGAAGAGCUGUGAGAUAGCAAAAGAGGAAACGGACGUGCAGCUGGUGGUUAAGUGUGACCAAUUCACGUGUUGGGCAAGUUGGAGAGCUGCAGCCUUGCAGGCUCGUGUUUGUACAGUGCUUUAAAGUUGUAAAAUGCUGUAUACUUGAUUGGUAUGGCAAGGUUUGGGCUUUGCUGACUUCUCUGCUAGACAGAGUGAUGUACUAUUAAAGAGAGUUGGCACUUCUUUCCUGUUGUAAACCCCCUUUGUUCCCUCCGUGUCUUUAAAAAUGAUCUGGUUGCUCACUGGAGCCUUUGCAGUCUUUCAGAUACUUUUAAGAGGUGGAAGAAAGUUGCCUUUUUAAACUAGUUCUGAUGUGAUGGAGAAAAUAAUCUUCGAAGAGGUGUGAACUGAACUGAAGUAUCAAACUUGUCUUUUAUUUUCUUUCCUGCCCAUUUCUGGUUGUGUACAAGCAGUGUGGAUUUCUAAUAAUCACAGUGAGUCUGCUUCCAUCUGAGCCAAAGCAAGAGCUCGCUUCUUUCCUUCCUCCUCCAGCCUGCUGUCUGUGCUGCUGCCUCAAGCAAGCUGUCCUCAGGCUGUUGCACUUUGACUCUGUGUCCUACAUGGUAAGUGUCUCGGGUUGGAGUGUUGCAUGGAAGGUCUUUGCCUAACUGUGACUUCCUGGUGCCUUAGUGCAUUGAAAACAGCAACAACAAAAAGAGAAAGAGAACAAAAAAAUGCCUGCCUUUCUUGCUGAGCGCACUGUUUGUACAAUACCUGGUGAUUCUGAUUCUCUUGUUACGAGGUGACUGAAAUUUAGUGACCCUCAGGGGUUGUUUGUAUGUCUGCGUAGUGGUAUUUUUACUGUUUCUGUUAUGAUAUAUACUAAAGGUUUGGCUUUUGUAAUGAAAACUUGAGAUACUUGUCAGAGGCCAGAAUAUGAUGAUUUUGUUUUAGUUGAAUAGGGGAUUUUUGCUCACUGAUCAAAGCAGCAGAGCUGCUUCCUUAUGCAAGGGGAAGACAGCAGGGCGCUCCUGGCAGCUGAGGUGUGCACUGGUGAGUGUGGGGUGUCAAACAGCCUUUGUGUUGAACGUGUAGCCACACCAGUGACUGGUGUAGGGAAACCAACCUGCUGCUGAGGCUGAAUCCUGGCAUCCUAUGAACGCUUUUCUUCAGGAGAGAUGCAGUCAAAAUAAAACCCUCCUAACACGUCAGUUGGAGGCGUUGGAAGGAAGGCUUGACUGGUCUGUUCUGCAGGUGGUUCCUGCUGUUUGUGGAUCACUGCUCUGUAUUGUCUGAGUGUUCAGUUUGAUGCAGGUAGCACGGUCGGCUUCCAGCCGUGUCCUCCCUUCUGUCCUUGGAGGUUUUUCCAGGCCCUCCACGACCUGCUGUGCCCCCACACGCUGCUGGCUGUGCUUGGAGCAGAGGAAUGGAGGUGCUCCAGUGGUGGGUCUUCCUCCGAGGCAGAUGUUCAGCAUGCUGGGUGUUAGUCUCCACUUUAGCUUUCACUCUGUACCAGAUAGCUAAAGCAGGUAUAACUUCAAAGCUUUAUUUUUUGCUGAGCUCUUUGUCUCUGCCCUUAAUGGCACAGGAGUCUUGGGUUCGAUUUCUGUUUGUUAAGCUGCAGCCAUCAGCUGUGCUGCCACUUCCCAUUUCCUGGCUUGUUUGCUUACCACUGGCUUCAUUUUUUUAAAGAUCUUAUUUUUCAGAAAGACCUGCAUGUCUCUGAUAGGAAACCUAGUUUUCCUGCUUUGCUGACGUCAGCCUGGCAGCAGGGGAGUUGUGUGUGACCAGCGGGGUCGCAGCUGAUCUCUAUCCGUGCCACAUUUUAUCUGAUUUUUCUGCUGUCUAACAAAGAGGGGGAAAUCCUUUCCAUUAAAGGAGAGAGGGUUGAGUUUACCUGGGAGCAGCACAGGGUGUUUUUGGGAGCAAAGCAGAGGAUGCCCAUGAGGAGCUGUUGCAUCACAGCCUUGGUUCAGUGCAGGCUGACCUUUGUGCCGUGCUGCCUGCGCUUUGGGUUUCUCUUCUGCUUCCCAAACAACUGUGCAAUUACUGGACAGACAGAUCUUCUGUAGAUUGAAAAGGCUGAACCUGGGCUGCAGGGAAGGAAUUCUUGUUUUCUUCUUUGGAAGUGAAGCGAGGGAAUGAAACGCCAGCUUCCAGCCUGCUAACAAUGAGACUCUGUUCUUAAAGGCAGAACUUCGCUCGCGGUCCUCAGGCGCGAUGAACCGAGGCUCCCUGUGGGCGUGCUUUGAGAAUGAGCUUGCUCUGGGGAUAGGUUUAAGAAGCCUUACAGGAGCUGCUGAUGCUUUCUGAGGAGCUGAGUGGCCUCAGGCCCUUGUGCUGUUCAGGUUUUACCCACGGGAGCCUUGAGGAGGCUGGUGAGGAGGGAGGGCUGCACUGACCCUCCAGCAGGCCAGGUGCUGCCGGGCAGCAGUGCUCACUGCCAGGGUUCUGCCGUGCCUUCCCUUCCACCAGCCAGUCCUCCACUGAUGCAAGAAGCAGCCCCAGCCCUCCAGGAAAGCAAAGCUGCCUUUUCAUUUCCUCAUGCGACCAAAGCCAACUUCAAACACAUCUCACUGCUACCAGCUCCAUAAACACCGCUUGUCCAGGUUAGCUCUUGGUGAAUUGCCAUGCAGGCACUGCUGGAAUCUCCUGCUGCACGCACACAGUGCUUUGAGUUGAGAAGGGCACUGUGCUGACUAAUAUAAACUGGUCGGAUAUGGAUGUGGGUGAGCGUGGGGAAGGAGCAUGGGGAGGGAGCGUGCUCCUUGCUGGUGGCUCUCAGCUACAGGAGAUGACUAAUCCUCACUGUAAGGAACAGCUUGAGGUCUGCAUGGAUGGGCAGAGCUGAGUCACUGUGCUGCAGCGGCGCCGGCUUCCAAACGCAGUCAUUUCUUAUUAAUCAGUGCACGGUGUGCAGCUCGCAGCCUCACAGGGUAUUUUUAGUGAAACCAGCCGUCCUUGGCCAGCCGUGCAGCGGGACGGAGCGUCUCAGCUCACUGCUUCCUACCAUCCCCAGCUGCUUUCUGCUCCGCAUGGCACCGGGCUGCCUUUGGCAGGGCAGCGUUCAGCUUGUGAGCCUGUGUUCCUUUCCACCCUCAAACUUUCCUCCUUCACAAAAAAUAUCAUCUGGUGGGUCUGGGAGAAGGGAGGUUUUCCUGCCAGCUGCAUGUUGGCAGAAGGGCUGCCGUCGUGGAGCGACUGUAAAUACGCCGUUAGUUGGAUGUCGUGGCUGUUGUUUGAUUUCUUUCUUUCUUUUCUUUCUUUUUUUUUUUCUUUUUGCAUUUAUUUUUAAACUAUUCCAUGUUUGAUACCGUGUACAAUAAAUCUGCAGAAUUUA